AUGGCAUACGAAGUUCCCGGAAUAGGGAUGGGCAUGGGCCCAGGAGGCGAGUACGUCGCUAUGCAGCAAGCCACCAGCUUCACACCGCACAAGGGUGUUGUCUACCUACAGCCGCAGCAGCCGCCUCAGCAGCAGCAGCAGCAGCAACUUGUGCCUGGCGGCGUACGCCUGGUGCUGCAGCAGCAGCAGCAGCAGCAGAUGGUGCAGCAGGCGCAGCUGCUCGCGCCCAGCGGUGGCCAGCAGCACGUAUGGGUCCAAGCCGCGCCGCAGCAGGUGCACCACCAGCAGCACAUGUUGCAGGUGGCAGGCCUGCCGCGCACGCAGCCCCAGUUCGUCCAGUUGCAGCCGCCGCCGCAGCAGACGGGCCCGGCGCCCCAGCAGAUCGUGUAUGUCCAGCAGCAGAUGGCCACGCCGGCACCCGGCCCCCUCCUCAGGCCCAUGCCGCAGGUCGUGCAGCACCAGGCGCCCACGCAGCAGCCCGCACCUACGCCCGCCGGCCAGCCCGCGCCCGGGUCCACGGUCCUCGUCAACAUCAACGGCACCCUGCGACAGGCUGUCGUCGGCCAGAAUCGGGCCCUCUUCCUCAUGGACAGUGCCAAGCCCGCAGCGGCGGCCGCCCCCAUGGCGCAGCCCCAGCCACAGGCGUCCAUGCAGCCCGUGCCGCAGGCUGUGCAGUAUGUCACCAUGCAGGCCUCGGCGCCCCAGCAGGGCGGUGGACCGGCGGGCCAGCAGUACGUGGCCGUGCAGCCCCAGGCGCGUCUGGGCGGCGCCAUGCAGGGCGUGCCGAUGGCUCUGCGCCCCGCAGGCGCCGCCAUGCAGAUGGCACCCGCCCAGUACUUGUCGACCCAGCCGGCUCCAGCGCAGCCGGGCGGCCAGCACAUGCUGCUCGCCACCAGCAGCGGCAUGCCGCAGCAGCACGCGCCCCAGAUACUGCAGCAGCGCCCCGCUGCCCUGCAGCUCGUAAACGGCCAGAUUGUCGCUGCCACCUCCAGGCCCAUGGCCGCGGCGCAGCACGCCAAUGGCGGCCUCGGGCCGGUGGGCGGCAUGCUGAUGCCCCUGCAGCAGCAGGGGCCCGGCGCUGUCGCCAGCGCCGGCACGCCUGUGAGUGCCGCGACGACCUUCAUUGGCGGCGGCGGCGCCGCCCCACGCCCGCCAGGGCUGCCGAUGGUGUCGGUGCCGCCGUCGUCUUCGGGCCUCGAUUUGGUGGCGCUGCAGGCGCAGGUGGCGCAGGCCCAGGCCCAGGCCGCACACCAGGCGCAGCAGAAGCAGCAGCAGCAACAGCAGCAGCUGCAGGCCGCCAGCGUGGGCGUGAUCGGCGACUCGCGCCGCUCCCGCACCGGCAGCUCCCCGCACUCGCCC